ACAGCACUCUAUGAAAGGAAUAUCUAUUCCAAUAUAUAAAGCCAUUCAUAAUUUAUUGAAAGUUAAUGGUUGAAAUUUGUUUGUAUUGCGUAUUCAAAUAAGGUUCGUCGCUUUUAGCAUUAGAAACGGGAGCAAAGGCAUUUAUUUGCUGAUAAUAGAACCUGUCUGGGUGCAAUCGAAAAUAGAAAGCGAGCAUUUAAAACCCUGGAUACAAGUUUAACCGAGUUCACUGGGAGGAUGGAAUGAUUAGGACAGGAAUCAAUUUUUCGAGUGUUAACAUUUAAAAAUUAUGACAAAUGCCAGUGCUUUGAAAGUAAUCUAAUACACGUGUAACGUAUCUCAAUCCCGUGGGAGCUCCUGACGUGGACCAUCAUGCCUGGCAUACAGAGAGCCUACACGUCGUACGACGUAUAUAGAGACUACGACGAAGACGAGGUACUCGACUCCUAUCCUAUAGAGGGCGUAUUUACUCCCCAGCCGCUUGACGGUCGCCUCACACCACAGACACCCCAUAACGGCCUUCAGCGGACGGCCCGCGCCACUUCCUGCCGCCCCGGGUCGCGGACCCUCUCGCCAAGUCGGCCCAAGUCCAGGAUGAACGUCGGCGUACAGGACUUUUACAACACACCGCCUAUACAUACGGAGAAGAAGAUACGCCCAGUGCCCAGUGAGACCCAGUACAACUACGCGAUCCCAAACCAGGGUGGGCGCCCCACUUCCCCUGUGCAGCGCCUCCUGGAGCGGAGCCACACCCAGCCGUACAUGAGUCUGCAAGGGUCGCUCCCGGGGUCAGACAUGGACCCCAUCACCAGGCAGUACUACCAUCGCCUCUGGAAGAGCCAGGAACAGGCAAACAAUCUGAACCUGAACAGAUACGGUAGAGCUGGUGGUGUGUGGCGUCACGUGAGGGCUUGUAUCGCCAACACGGGCUCGCAGCUCGCAUUUAUAGACGGAACGGUUAAGGAGGAGGACAACGUGUAUUUCCCGCCGUGGAACAAAGGCACGGCCCCUCAGGCGACGUAUACCGCCUACCGCCCGACGAUCCCCAGCUAUGGCGGCGGCGUCCCACAGACGCGUAAGGUGCUGGCUCCCCGCUCAGCCACAUACAUGAACAAGUUCAACUCCCACGCAAAGGGCGGCUUCAAGUAUUGGUACCAGGAGCCGAAGCCUAUAGACUAUUCUGCAAAGUAUUCGUUCGGCGCUAGGAGCCGCUGGAUGGGCCUCCAGGGGGAGUCGCUGCAUCCACUUCCGGCCUAAGUGAGAGGCACCACCACAAGACUUCGAGCCCGGAUAGUUGGCAAUGGAUACUGACACAACAAAUAAUGACAAACCAUACAUCAAACAUCCAUGCAAAAAAUUGUUUAAAUAAUGUGUUCAGAUAACAAAACAUUGAUUUACAUAUCUCUGUAGUCAAACAAAUCCCAUCUACUCAAAAUAAAGUAUUGUCUCAGAUGUCAUGUUUAUAUAAAUUGCCGGUAAAUAGCUUUCUUUAACAAACUUCAAAACAUACUUCAGCAAAAUCAGAAUGUUUCCUUUCAUGUCUCUACUUUUAUUAUUGUGUGAAGUCUUGAACUGCGAUGUGUGUCUUUAUAUUUCUAUGUAAUGAAGAUAUUAUUCUUCCUUAUUGUCAAAACAUGUAUUUAAGAUUGUAUAAAGAUACUUGUUAUAAACUACCUGUGAUAAUAUUUUUAUUGCUGUAUAAAUAUUUCAUUAUGAACUUUCAAAUUUGAAGAAGUUUGUGUUAAAAGGUUUUCCAAUUGUAAUAAAAACAAAACCAGGUUUUCCAAUUUGCUUAAAAACUAAAGAAUAUAUAUAAAAGGAACAAAUAAAUAAGUUUGUACUUUUUUUAUUAUUAUUAAGCUUAUUUUUAUUAUUAUAAAGCUUAGCUAAAUGACCCGCUCAUUAUCCAACUGAUCAAGUAAACAAGUAUUUUCCUAUCAUUCUCUCCCUUGGUUUUUCAUGUUGUCUUUUUUUUUGUCUAGUUUUUGCAGUAUUGAACGUAAAGUAUUACCAUUGUAUUGUUAUUUUAUAAAUAGUAUUUAUAAGUAGAAGUCGGACAUUUGUCAUAUGGCUCAAUAUCUCAAUAAACUUGAGAAACAACAA